GUGGAAGGCAGCGAUGAGCGCAAGUCAGGACUCGGGCGCCGGUCGGGCCGUGCGCUUCGCCUUCACGGAAGAGAUCAUCAAUCCCGAGGGCGCAGAAGGCAGGCCCCAUCAAGAUGAGGAGGAGAACCAGGCGCCGCCCUCGGAUAACGCGCCGCCAGAGUCUGGGAACGGCCUGCUUGGCCUUAAGGUGCGCAACUUUGGCCCGUUCGUCAUUGCGCAAAAGUACGAGCUCAUGGACGGCACGGGCAGCGCCGUAUGGCAGGCGGCCGAGGCCAUGCUGCAAAUCAUGACGAUGCCGCAGUACCAAGGAAUGCUACACAGCCGCAAGGUGCUCGAGCUGGGCGCGGGCACGGGGGUCAACGCGCUGGCGGCGGCCAUGUGGAGUGGCCACGUCGUCGCAACGGACGGCGACCUCGACUCGGUCUCACUCAUCGAAGAAAACGUCAAGCAGAACCAGCUCCACCUGCCACGGCCCAUCACGGUGCGGCAUCUCGAGUGGGGCAACCAGGCGCAGAUCAAGGGGCUCAAGCACGAGUUUGGGCUCUUCGACGUCAUCCUUGGCAGCGACGUGCUCUUCAACGCGAUUGAGGGUCCUCUCCUCGUCACAAUCUACGAGCUCUGUGGCGUGCAUGGCAUUGUGAUCCUCACGCACACGCCGCGCGAGACGGCCCGGGAAAACGCCAUCCUGCAGAGCUUCACGCGCUACUUCAACAUGACGCAGUCGAUGGUCACGGGUACAAGCGUCAUUUGUACCAUCUUAUCGCGCAAGGUCACGACCUACUAUUGA